AUGACUCGCUCCAUCAGCAGCACUGACCGGGUUGUCUUUAUUGGGGCCGCUGGGGAGAUGUGUCGUGUGGCCAUCGAACGGUUUGCUACCGCAAGCAAUGCCUCACUCGUUCUAGCGGACAUCAACACGGACGCCCUGGAAUCGCUCCUCGCGAAGCUGCCAGCCGGCCGUGCGACAACAAAAAAGCUGGAUCUUUUUGAUGAAGCUAGUUUGCACGAGACGGUUACCGGCGCUGCCCUCGUUGUCCUUGGCGCCGGACCGUAUGCGCGAACCUCAGGGCCUGUCCUGGCCGCCUGUCUGAAGGCGAAGGUACCUUACCUUGACUUUGACGACGAUGUGGAGAGUACUACGGCAGCUCUCUCCCUACAUGAAAAAGCUCAGGAGGCUGGUGUGCCAUGCUAUAUUGGCUGCGGAGCCUCACCGGGUAUGAGCAAUAUGCUGGCCGUUGAUGCCGUCAGCGAUCUUGACACGGUUGAUACCAUCGACCUCUGUUGGCUUGUCGGUGACGAGCGUCCCGGCAUUGGCAAGGCGGUUCUGGAACAUCUUAUGCAUAUCGCUGCUGGGCCUUGUUUGACAUGGGCGAAUGGAAAAUCAUCGCUCAAUGAAUCAUGGGUCGAGACAGGGUAUGCGCCUAUGGUAGGGCAAUCUGGUGAAACACUUUUACACGAGACAGCGCAUCCGGAGCCAGUAACCCUACCACGGCUAUUCCCAACCGCCGCUCGUAUUCGAUGCCUGGGCGGGCUGGAUCCUGCGCCUUUUAACGGAAUUGCCCGUGGACUUGGCACUGCCGUCCGUCGGCAAGCAUUGUCUAUGGACGAGGCCGUUGGCUUCUUGCUCAACCUGGUCAAUAACCCCCCAUCGUACAAUGGCUGGACCGAUGCGUUGGGCGGCUUGACCGGACAUUUCCGUGGCGGCGAUAUUACUAUCAAGGAGCUGUGGCAGUUGGUUGCGCAAGGGGCUCAUGCUCUAGGCCCUUGGCGCUACGCACUGAUGGGCAUGAUUGACCAGAUCCGAAGCGGCGAAUGCACAACUGGAGAGAUCCUGUCUUUCAUCGCCUCUUCUGCACGUGGCCAACCAGCACCAUAUCGUGGCAGUCUCCUAGUGCGAGCGAUUGGCUCCCGCCAUGGCCACCCUGCCGUUGUUAUCAAACGAACAACGAAAUGUGGCGAAGGCUCCUAUCUUAUGAAGAACAUGGCAUCAAUCACGGGAACGGCAUGCGCCGCGUUCAUGGUGAUGGCGCUGGAGCCAGGGCAGAAGCGGACUGGUGUCUUCGCUCCCGAGGGUUGGGCGAAGCCGCAGGAUUUCUAUCGAGCUCUGGAGCAACCAGAGCUCGAAUGUAUCGCGUUGCUGCAUGUUAGCUGA